UUCACACAAUUUUCUUCACAACCAAAUAGCUCUUUUUUUUCUCCAUUUCUCUCUCACAUCACAAAUUCACAUACAUGCCUCAACUCCAAGAAAACAACACCCCAUCAGGGAUCAAAUUAUUCGGAGCCACAAUCACCCCUAGAGAAAAAUCAGACCCAAAAACCGACCCCGAACACGAGAAACCUGACCCUGCCCAGGAAAAGCGGCCGGACAAGAUCAUCCCGUGUCCGAGGUGCAAGAGCACGGAGACCAAAUUCUGCUACUUCAACAACUACAACGUCAACCAGCCGCGCCACUUCUGCAAGGGCUGCCAGCGCUACUGGACCGCCGGCGGCGCCCUGCGCAAUGUUCCCGUCGGGGCCGGCCGUCGCAAGGCAAAGCCGCCCUGCCUUCAGCCUGACUUUUCUAAUGGUAAUUGCAUGUUCGACCCCGCCUCCGGUGGGCCCCACCAGCUUGAUUUCGACGUUGUCGAGUGGCACGCGGCGGAGCACGGCGGAUUCCGGCAUCUAUUCGCCGGGAAGAGGCGGAGAUGCGCCACCAAUAGUCAAAGCUGUUGAUCGCAUCUCUUUCAAUUUGUUUAGUAGUAGUAUGAAAUAAUUAAAUAAAUAAAUUAGAGAAAAAAUCUAUUUAUAAAUAUUGCGAGUGGCCAAGCCUAAGCUUUAAUUAAUUAAUUGCUGUAUUAACUGUCAUAGAUGAUGAAUUUUCUCGAUAAUGAAGCACAAAACUCAUUUAGUAAGACACUUCCCUUCCAAUUAAUAGGUCGGGAGUUCAAGUUAUCAUAGGGGUAGAUGGUGAUUGGUGAACCAGUAUUGAUUCUUAUUAAAAAAAGAGUAAAAUAAGAAAAGAAAAGAAAAAAGUAGAUGAUAGUUUUCGCGAAAAUUUGAUUUAUACCAAGCGGAAUGUAUGUCAAACGAUGUACUAUUUCCAUUUAUUUUCUAAACUUGGGGAGGUUUCUAAAGAGAAAACUCAUGUAACGUGUACUUUUCUUAAAAAUGU